AUGUUUUGUUUUAUUUUGUUUUUGUUUUUGUUAUUUUUGAGUCCCUCUACUCAUCCAUCCAUUCAUGCAUCCACGCAUCUAUCUAUCUACCUACCUAUCUACUCUUUCUAUUUUUGUUUUUGCUUUUUUUUUUUUUUUCUUUUGGUUUUGUUUGCUUUCAAAAUGAGCAGCACGGAUGGUGGCGGUAGAGAACUUCUUCUUUUUUCUUCCUUUUGUUGUUGUUAUCAACGUAAACAUCUCAUCACCCCCUGUCUUUUUGUUUGUUUGUUUGUGAGUGUGUGUUUUGUGUGUGUUUUGUGUGUUUUUUGCUUUUUUAAACGAGAUUUCAUUGCUUACACUUUUGUGUCUGGAUCCCCCUCCCCUCAUGCAUGCACACACACAGAGAGAGAGGGAGGGAGGGAGGGAGGAAUAGAGAAGAGGAGGCGGUGGUGGUGGUGGAAAGUGGGGAGGGGAAAUGUUUUGGUACUUUAUUUUUACUGCGUUCUCAUUCCAUUUGUAAUGAUACUUUUUUUUGCGCGCCAGGCUGAAGACAUGCACGGACGUCAAAACAGUUUUGUUGUUGUUGUUUGUGUUUGUGUUUUUUUCUCUGCUUUACGGCCGCCGCGUUGGACGCACGACGAGAGAGAGUGCGCACGAUGCGUCUACUCGUGUACAGGACCGUCGAUGGCAUGCAGACGUGUGUGCGGUCAAGGAGCCCUUUUCUUUUUUCCCCCACCCACACACCCCUCUUCUCCCCUCGCCUUUUCUUCGUUUUAUGCCGCCUUUGUCUUUGUGAGGUCUUUUCUCUCUCUCUCUCUCUCGCUCUCUCAUUGUGCAUGCAUGCAUGAGGGGAGAACCCACCCACCGAAUGAAGGGGAAGGGGGAGAGAGAGAGAGAGAGGGAAACGAGGAAGAAAAAAAAAAAAAAGAAGAACGAUGA